CAGAGACCUGGUGUGAAUAGAAGCCUGACCUGGUUCACUGCUCAAAACAGAAAAAACAAAGGACAAAAAAAAUGGAAUGGAGUCUGUUUCUGCUCCUUCUGAUGGGUCACUGUUCUUUCCUAAUGGGUCAGCUCUAUAACUACCACUAUAUCAAACAGAACAUGAAUUGGUCUGCAGCCCAGGCGUACUGCAGACGUGAACACACUGACCUGGCCACUGUGUACAACAUGAGGGACAUGAACAGACUCUGUGGUGACAGUUGUAAAGAAGGCUGGAUCGGGCUGCAUGACCAACAACACACCGACAGGACAUGGCACUGGUCUCUGCCUGGGGUGGAGUACAAUGAAAGUGACACAAAUUGGGCAGAAAAUGAACCGAAUGACAAAGAUGGACCAGAAAACACUGUAGAGAUGUUGAAGAAUUUUAAAUGGAUUGAUGUACCUGACAGAUCUAAUCCAUCUUUUAUCUGCUAUGAUGAAACGGGUCCAUCCAAAUACAUAGAGAUCGCAAACGAGAUGACGUGGUUAGAGGCUCAGAAAUACUGCAGAGAACACCACACAGACCUGAUCAGUGGUCAAGACCAGUUAGAUGACCUGAAAAACCACACCAAACUAAACGGGACACGCUGGAUGAUUGGCCUUUUUAGAGACACAUGGAGGUGGUCAGACGGAAAUGGUUCCUCUUUUAGGAACUGGGACCAGACACCACAGUCGAAUCAUUGUGCUGCGAUCACGAGAGAUGGAAGAUGGAGGAGUGAAUCUUGUGAAACUAAGAAGCACUUCUACUGCUACAAUGGUUGGUUUUCUGUUACCUCCGCCAAGGAGGUUUUGUUUUCAUCGGGGUUUGUCUGUUUGUUUGUUUUUUUGUUUAUUUGUUUGUUCGUCUUUUAGCAAGAUAUCUCAAAAAGUUAUGGACAGAUUUGGAUGAAAUUUUCAGGAAAUGACCCUCAAACUGUGCGAAUAUAACUUGUGCAAAAAAAAAUGUAUCUCAUGGAAAUACAACAAUUUUGCCUCGUUUUUCUAUUAAAAGUUUUUGUGCUGGCAAGAGCUGGUUUUUCGUGCAUAGCGCAAAUGGUAUAUCAGGCAAAAC